UACAAGCUUUCAGAGCGCUGCUCUUUCUUCAUCAGCUCCCUUUUUUUUUUGUAGGAACAUCCCAUCUUUUUCUUCACGAGCAUCAGCAACGUAUUUGUCCAUGUUGGCUGCUACCUGUGGAAGAGUCGGACCAGUUGGACCAACCUCUGCAGACGUUCCUCCACUUCAAUAUGAUACUUCUAUGGAGUCCACUUCAGGAAUGUUCCAGUUUUGGAGCAAUGAAGCAUUUGGAGGCUCUCGCACAAUGUCGUUCGGUCCUCCAAAGGCUCAGUAUUCCUGUGGAACAGCACCAUCAGCUUUAGGUUCACGUGAACUCCCCCUGACCCCUCCAGCAGAAUCAGUCUACACGUUUGAGCUGUCUUCCGUGAAGAUUUUGACUAGUUCGGUUCCUGCAAGUUCUGCUUAUUCUUGCCCCGAUGCUGGUAAUGGAAUUGUUCCAAACUUCUCCAACUUCAUUCCCAGUUCUUCUGCUUUGCAGUCUAGGCAUGUAUCUCCAAGUCAUGCUGAUGAAAUCCCUUGGUGGAGCAUGCAACAGCCCAAUCCCCUCAAUCUUAACCAUCUCCAAUUUGGAAGAGCCUUGAUUCCAGGCCAUCAAACCCAGUUGCCAACUGCACUUCAGAGCUCUUCCAAGAGCCUUAUAAACUGUUCCAGGCGUUGUAGGCGAUGUAGGUGCCCCAACUGCCAGUCUCCCAACAGCAGCAGGGAACAGGGGAAGAAGAAACAGCAUAUCUGCCAUAUUCCUGGCUGCGGGAAAGUCUAUGGAAAGACUUCCCACCUGAAGGCUCACCUGCGAUGGCAUGCUGGGGAACGCCCCUUUGUUUGCAACUGGCUCCUUUGUGGGAAAAGUUUCACUAGGUCUGAUGAGUUACAGAGACAUCUACGGACACAUACUGGGGAAAAGCGCUUCUGCUGUCAGGAAUGUGGCAAAAGGUUCAUGAGGAGUGAUCACCUCUCCAAACACACCAAAACCCACCAAAACAAACUGCUGAAGCACAUGAUGACUCUGGAGAACAUCAAGAAGGAAUAAGGAAAAGCAGCUUCCCUGAUGGCUCUGGCACACGUGCAGUUCAUGUGCUGCUGAGCCAUGCAGUGCAGGCAGUUCUGAAGUUGGAUCCCUGCUCUGUGUUGAGUUGGCUGAUCUCAGCCAGGGUGGCAAUAAGGGAUACUGUGUUUAGCUUAGUGUCCCUGGGCUAGGGAAGGGACAAAUCAGCCAGAAUUCCCACUCAACCACUGAAUAUUGAACUUUUUUGCUGUGGAGUUACACAUGAAUGUUGGACAGGCUGUGCCCAUGAAACCUUAAAUUGGUCACCUAUUCAACAGAAAAAGUGGGGUGGGGAAAGAUACUGAUUUGAGACCUACUGAAGUAGGAAGCAUGAAGGACAAAAACAGUAUUUUGUGGAAACAAAAGGGAUAAACGAGGAGGCAAUUCAAGUAUUUUGGACUGAAGGAGAAAUCUGGUUGAUAGUGGUCUUAAAAUAACAUCGGUUGGUAGUAUAUUUCUAAACCAUUCUGUAUUAGAAACCGCAUGAUGUGAUGACUCUGAGAAUGGUUGAAAGUGAUCUACGAAUUGACAAUAGAUCUAUUUUGAACAUUCAAAAUCCUAAAUUAUGGACCACUCUUCUUCUUCUGGCAGAACUCUACAUUGUGCACAUUGAAAGUGGCAACUUUUGAUCAUCUUUGUCUUGUCUCUUUAAAAAAGAUAAUCUCUGACUUACAGCUAUGGGCAAUGUUCCCGGGAACUGAUUUUCAGGGACAGCAUUGACUGCUGUUGUGUAGGCUUGUACGCUGCUUUCCUUUUAAGACUGAAGUCAUUAAUGUUAGAAAUUGACUUGAUUCCAUAUCUUGUGUUUGAACCAUCCAAAGGUCUUAAGGAAUGUGCCAAAUAUGAUAUGUAAAUAAAAAGUUCCAUGACAGAACA